AUGGACAGUGGUCACGCAGAGGGCCCAUCUGCCAGCAAACGGCGGAGGGCGAUCGAUUCUUCUCCUCUGUCUUCAGAUCAUUUGUCAGAGUUUGAUUCUGAAGACUUACUGAAAGCUUGCUUCAAGAUCUGUGAGACUGUUGAUCCACAUUUCACAUUGUCACUAUACAAACUAAAAGCUUGUAAUGCAGCUAUUUCUUACAGGGGAGUACGCUUUUCUGAAGCAUUCUGUGACUUAGAAUCCUUUGACCAGAGUUUUCUAUUAGGUGACAUAUUCAGAACGGGGCUUGAUAUGGGAAUUGAUUUUCUGGAGGGAAGAAUUCCGGAGGCAAGACAUCAAAAAAUUAUUUUGGAAAGACUCAUCAAGUUUCUGAAAGAGGGUGAAAAGGUUAAUAUGGAUUUCGAAAAUGAAAAUGACGCGACAUCCAUGCUGGCCAACCAUCUGUUUGCAAAGUUGGCAACAUGUUCAGACUAUACUAUUGACCAGCAUUUUAAAAGGGGAGGAAAUAAAUGUGCUUGUGGGAUUGAAAACUGUGUGCUGACCGGGGACUAUGGAGAUACUAGUAUAGGUAACCCCCAUGUAUGGCAUGGUAAUGUGGACAUUAUAAUCAAAAGUGACAUUAUUAUACAGAACUUGGAGGAUAAACAAGAUGAAAUGUGCAAAAAAUCACCAGCAGAGGUUAAAUCUAAAAAUAAUCCACUGAGUGUGAAUGCAAAGCUGGUUGCAGAAACUAUCGUAUUCUCAUUUCUGCAGAAGAAAAGACACCCAGAGUUGUCUAACUUUCUCAUUCCCUGUGUAGGCAUUUCAGAUAAUGCCAUAAUUUUGAUGUUCUAUGAUUCGGAGCAUGAUGUUCUUCUAGAGAGUUCCCCAGUGCCACUUUAUUUAGAAUCGGAAAGCAGGUUUUCUGUUGAGGCCGUCUUCAUAGCAUGGCUAGCUGUAAAUUACAGAUUUCUGUGCACGGGUUUAACAGAAGACAUGCUCCAAUACAAAGCAGGUUUCUUUGCGCAAGCUGAGACAAAAAUAAAUGUGUAUAAAAAUGAUCUGAAAAUGCCAAUUGUAGGUGUAACUCCAUCCAAAGAAAGGGUACAAAAACAGUUGAGUUUUAGUGAAUACAUUUCAAUAAAACAAAACAAGAUUAUUGAACUAAGAAGGAAGGGAUUGAGACCGAAGGAAGAAAACUAGUAUGAAGUACAAGUUGGUGCCCUCAUUAAAUCAAACUUGCUUGCCCAUGUUCAAUACAAUUCACAAAAGUGCUGUUAGAUUACACCCAAUUCAAAUGAUAUUUUCAAAAGGUAGACAGCAUUAUUGUACAGUUCUUUCUAUGUACAGAUGCAAAGCCCCUACAUUGUUCAAAUUCUAAAAGUUUUCUAAUCAAUUUAACAUUGUUUAUACUUUAAAAGUCUUGAACUUGUCAAAAAAUGUUACAAUUAUUGUUCCUUUUGUUCAUCAAUAAUAAACAAACUGUAUAA